AUGCAAUCUAUGAUCGCUCCCAAGCCCUGGCUACUAUACGCCUACCCAUGGCAGCCCUUCCCUCGGCGACUUAUCAUCUAUCUCCGUGAAAGGUCUAUACCAGCCUCGCUCGUGACCAUCGUGCCUGUCUCCGACGUUCAAAAUGGCGACCAAGCACCGCCAGAGUUCCCCGCUAGGCCUGCUGGAAGUCUCCCAAUUCUUAUGAUUCCCCAGGGGAGCGACAUAUCUCCAAAAUCUCCAGUCUUCGUGAAGCAAUCGAUUGCUAUUAUGGAAUUUAUUGACGAGCUAUGUCUUGCCGGUCGAUACGGAUUUCCCAAACUACCCAACCCGCCAACCCUGCGCACCAACCUGUCCCUGAACAUACCGCCUGGAGACGAAAAAGUAAAUGCGAUGCUUCUGAGAGCCAAACACAAUGAGCUCCUGACGCUAGCAGCGGGUCUCACCGACGGCUGGAACCCUGUCCGCCUCUUCGGCUCCGGCGCUGGCACCCAGCGUAUCCCAGCCGCCGCAAAUGAGACGCUUCAAUGGGUCCGACGCAACCUGAUGAACAUUGAGAACUGGAUGGAAGAAAACGAGUAUGACCCGACCGAUCUACGCUGGGACAGCGGCAGCAAGAGGCCUGCUACCAUUGCGGAGAUCACGCUAUUCCAGUUCUUCGAAUUCACGCGGGACUGCUACGGGGUUGACAUGACCGAGUUUGCCGGCGGGCAGUCGAAGGAUGUUUACGGGCGUGAUGCGAAGCAGGAGUCUCCGAAUUUGAAGCUUUUCUUCAAGUCUUUCCUUAGUCGUCCUGGUUCCGCGAGGGAAGCGGACAAGGGUGAAGUGCCACCUGAGAAAUUGGUGAAGGCGAUGACAGACUGGUCUGAGGGUGUGUUCUAA